AUGAAGUCCUGGAGGGCGUUCGCACUCUGCCUCUUGGCAAUCAUGCUGGGACAACUCACCGAUGCGUACAACAUCGGCAUCGGCAAGAGCGACAUCACCGGGCCCGCCGCCGAGAUCGUCAUGAUGGGGUUCGCUGACUCAACUGAGACCACCUCGGGCAUUCUGAACCGGCAGUACGCGCGCGCCUUCCUGAUCGAAGACCCCGACUCCAACAGCCGAAUCAUGUUCGUCCACUGCGACCUCAUGGCGGUCAUGCAGCUCGUCCACCAAGAGGUCCUCGCUCAUCUCGCCACCAAGUACCACGGACUAUACACCGAGCAGAACGUCAUCCUCCACGCAACACACACGCACGCUGGUCCCGGUGGCACCGCAGGAUACACGCUCUAUGAUAUCUCCAUCUUCGGGUUCGUUACCGAGAACUUCGACAAGAUCGUGAGCGGUAUCGUGGCUGCCAUCGACGCCGCGCACAACUCGGUUGAGAGCGGCUCCAUCCGCUGGAACAAGGGCGAGGUGACCAAGGGCGGCAACAACCGCUCGCUCAAGGCCUACCUGGCCAACCCGGAGUCCGAGCGAGCUCAGUACCCCAGCAACAUCGACACAACGAUGCGCGCGCUCCACUUCUUCAACGAUGCAGGCAAACUACGCGGAGUGUUGGCGUUCUACCCUGUGCACCCGAAUAGUCUCAAGGGCGAGAACCACCUCAUCAGUAGCGACAAUAAGGGAUACGCCGAGUUCCUACUUGAGGACGAGCUGGAUGACGUCGUGGUUGGAAUUGGUAUCGCGAAUGCCGGCGACUACGACACGCUCAAGGCGCUGAUCGACGGAGACUCGGAGAUCCUCAAGGGCUCUGUCGUAGCCAACCUGUCGUACGUCGACUUCUCCAACAUGACGAUCCAGGGAGUCAACUCGACCGCCGCCGACGCGUACGCAAACCGAACUUGUUCUGCCAUUUUGGGCCAGAACUUUGGUGCCGGCACUGAGGAUGGACGAGGCGUGGCCAACAUCACGGAGGGCGAUCUCCGACCGAACCCGGAAUACGACGCCUUGGGCGCCGCUAUCCAGGAGACUCCGCAGUGGGUGAAGGACUGUCAGAACGAGAACAAGAUCGCGAUGCUUGCUGUCGGUCUCAUUGAGCCUGUUCCCUGGGUGCCGACCAUUCUGCCGGUGCAGAUCGUCAAGAUCGGUCAGUUCGGUCUUGCCGUAACUAACUUUGAGACUACGACUAUGGCCGGCCGACGCAUUCGUAAGAGUGUGAAGGCAGCGUUGGAGCCUGCUGGAGUGACGGAGGUGGAGCUGGCGGCUAUCAGCAACGCGUACGCGGGAUACAUGACGACGAGGGAGGAGUACAUGACGCAGCAUUACGAAGGCGCCUCGACGCUGUUCGGUCCGAAUCAAUUGGCCGCGGUGCAGCAGGAAUUAGCUCGAGUGGCGGCUUCGGUGGUCGACGCUGCGAUCAACCGUAGCACCCUCGCUGCGGUUGAGACGACUGCGGGGCUUGACGUGGCGCCGAAGAACCAAAACUUCAGCUACGUGCGGUCCCAACCCUCCUCCUCCUACGCCGUUGGCGGCCUGGCGUCGGCUGUGUUUGCUGGUGCGCACCCGAUGAACGGCGUGGCGCUGGUCUCGUCGUUCUGUGAUAUCCAGCAACGUGGCCUGGACGGAGCGUUCACCACCCUAAUGACUGACGCGCACUGGGAUGUUCGCUACCGCUGGGAGCGCUACUUGGAUGCUGAGAGCAAGAACACGUGCGAGUGGAACAUCCGCGCUGGAGGACACACGAGUCAGCCCGGCACCUACCGUUUUGUUCACCGUGGAUACGCUAAGGGUUCGGAGGGUGGCGUACGAAGGCCCAUCAAAUCAUGA